AUGGAUGAUUCAAAGGUGAAAGUCCAAGAUCCGCUAUUGGAGAUCAACCUAGGAACGAAAGACAACCAUCGGCCGAUCUACAUUAGUGGCCUAAUGGAGCAGGAGCUUAGGACCAAGAUGGAAGAGCUUUUGAGCGAGUUCAAGGAUUGCUUUGCUUGGGAUUACACAGAGAUGCCUGGAUUGAGUCAUGACUUGGUCGAGCAUCGCUUACCAACAACGGAGGAUUUCAAGCCCUUCAAGCAGCCACCUCAUUGA